UUUGGUUCGACACCGGAAGUGGAACAGAGGUCGCGGAUGCGCGGAUGUUGCACAUGACUUUUGCGAUUCAUUCAGAAACUGGAGAUGAAAUACAAUUUAAUGACUUUUGAUUACUGAAUUACUGCGCUACGACUGAGGGUGGAUUCGCAAGAGCAUUUUGACCAGACUGAGAUUAAAUUGAGCGAAAGGAAACGUUAUAUUAGCAGAUUUGUGGCCUCGUAUUACCUGAAGAUAUUGGGAAUAGAUGACAACAUUGAGGACUUGUAUCUUUCUUUUAAGGACAAAUCACAUGGUGUCAUCUGCCGUAUGAAACCAUGAAAAGGCCAAUUUGUUAUAAACAUUGUAAUUAAUUAAAUUACUUUUAGGUUAUUGCGUAAUUAACACCGCAGCACCAUGCCUAUGUCGGACUUUCUGGAUGGCUUGAAGGAUAACCCAUACUUUGGAGCUGGAUUCGGGUUGGUAGGAGUCGGCACUGCGCUGGCUCUGGCUCGUAAAGGAGCUCAGGUGGGGAUGGUGUUUUUCCGCAGGUAUUACAUGAUCACGUUGGAGGUCCCCAGUCGAGAUAAGAGCUACCACUGGCUUCUGAGCUGGAUCACCAAACACGCACGCCACACCCAGCACCUUAGCGUAGAGACGUCCUAUCAGGCCCAUGAGAGCGGACGGGUGCACACGCAGUUCGACUUUCACCCCAGCCCCGGGAACCACAUCAUCUGGUAUGGCAGGAAGUGGAUCCGAGUGGAGAGGACCAGGGAGAAGCAGAUGGUGGACCUGCACACAGGCACUCCCUGGGAGUCUGUCACCUUCACCGCUUUGGGACGAGACCGACAAAUAUUCUUCAACAUCCUCCAAGAAGCUCGGGAGUUAGCUCUGAAGCAGGAGGAGGGCCGGACGGUGAUGUACACAGCGAUGGGAGGAGAGUGGAGGCCGUUUGGGUUCCCUCGGCGCCGCAGACCCCUGAGCUCCGUGGUUCUGGAGGAAGGAGUGGCUGACCGCAUCGUACACGAUGUGAAGGAGUUCAUUGGAAACCCACGAUGGUACACAGACAGAGGUAUCCCGUACAGAAGAGGCUAUCUCCUGUAUGGUCCUCCUGGCUGUGGAAAGAGCAGCUUCAUCACAGCUCUGGCCGGUGAGCUCGGAUACAGCAUUUGCCUGAUGAGUUUGAGUGACAGGACCCUCUCAGACGACAGAGUGAACCAUCUCCUGAGCGUAGCCCCACAGCAAAGUAUCAUCCUACUGGAGGACGUGGACGCAGCGUUUGUGAGCAGAGAGCUACUGCCUACAGAGAACCCUUUGGCGUUCCAGGGCAUGGGCCGGCUCACAUUCAGUGGCCUGUUAAAUUCUUUGGAUGGAGUGGCUUCAUCUGAGGCCCGGAUCGUCUUUAUGACCACCAACUACAUAGAAAGAUUGGAUGCGGCUCUGAUUCGGCCCGGUCGCGUGGAUUUAAAACAGUACAUCGGACACUGCUCCCACUACCAGCUGACCCAGAUGUUUGGCCGCUUCUACCCAGAGUCGCCUCUCUCCGACGGGGACAGAUUUGCGCAAGACGCCCUUAGUGUCCACCCGGAGAUCAGCGCCGCACAAGUCCAAGGACACUUUCUACUGCAUAAAGCUGACCCUCAGGGGGCGAUAGACAACGUGAAGAAAAUCAAGGAGUGAAUGGACUAGAUGGGGAAUAAUUUAAUAAUAAAAAAUAUAUAUGGAA